GGAUUCGUCAUUCAAAUUCAUUAGCCACAACAUCAAAGAAGGUGGAGUUCAUAAGUUCAUUCAUAUUGCUUGUCUAACCACAACAGUCCUUUGUGCCCUUUGAAAGCUAAAUAUUUCAACCUAUUGUACAGCAAGCUCCAGAAAUAUUCUCGCGGGUCCCAUUUCGUAAGGUUUUUCGCCAGAGCUCUCGACAUCCAGGCAACUCCCAGAAAGUAUUUACCAUAGUUUUCAUUCAACCUCCUAUAAUAAGCCCUUUAAACCCACCUCACGUCAAUUAAUACCCUUUAACUUCUAGAAACAAUGUCCGCCGUCGCCAAAACAACCGUCACCGAACCGGAAGAAGCCGCGCAAGGAGAAAGCUUCCUCGAGCGACCCUUCCGCAACCUCGACUUCCUCGUCUACCGCUUCGUCCACCCAACGGACAAACGUGGACUCCCCUACCCAGACAGCACUUUCAAAAAACAAAGAAACGGACUUCCCGGCGCCAAAGUCUGGGUCGGAGACUUCGCACCCCAAUGGGGUGAAUUCCUCCUCGAUCUCGGCGAACCUGUUUACGACGUACAAGAUCAUCAUCCUCUAGUCACGCGUCUCGAAGGCUACGGGCUCGAUCAGGGCCGCGUCAAACAUAGAAACUUACAACAAUUGCCUUUUCCAUGGGGAAUCGACGGCACAUUACCCGUGCAAGUAUGGGCUAAUGAAGUUUUUCGCGAUAAUCAUUGUUUGCCAUUCAACCCCAAGGGUAUGAGUCGCUUAGACCUACAAUGGGAAUGUCGACGCCGCCUACUUCCCACGCAUGGAAAACGCUCUGAUCUAGUCAAGAGAAUCAAUAGAUUAGAACUACCCAAAGGAAUCCAAGCGCCAACUGGCGCACAGAAAGCCGCAAUCCAGCGACUCGACUCCGUAUUUCUCCCCCUCUACCGCGUCCUCGAAGCCCAACCCCCCGUCCCCAAAACCCCCCAAUCACCACUCAAACAACCCCCUCUCGACGUAGGAGAAAUAGUGCUCGUAUAUGGCACCCUCGCCACCGACGAAAACAUGUGUCUCGUACGCGACUACGAAGGCAACCGAGGAAGAAUCAGCAGAGAUUAUCUAGAUGAAAUCCAACUCCCAUUCGGAUUGAAGCUGAAUCGACGCGGGUUGGUAGAGCUUCUAGAGAUUGGGAUGGCCGCGAUCCGCAGAUGAAGUGAGGCAACGAGAAGGAAGAAGUGCGGGACCUGGUUUUGGAUUUUAAUGCGAGAAAGAAGGUUAGGAAGGUGAAGGGAAGGAGAGGAAAGGAGGAGAAAGAAGGAGGCAGAGAGGGAGAGGAGGUGAAGGGAAGGGAGGAGGGAGGAGGGAGAUGGAGGAACGUAAUACUUACUAUAAUACUGCUGCAUGAAGAAAUUGGUGCUCAGUUUACAGGGGUUUUGGUUGUAUAGUAUAUGAUGUGGUAAAAUGGAUCUCGCUCGUUUCCUUUUAUUUGCUAUUUUCGAAAUGCACGAAAGUUCCCUACAUCGUAUGUGUGAUGGGUUCUAA